CAUCGGGAAUUCUAAAAAAGCAUCUUCUGCGUCUUCUUCCAUGGGUACACCAAGACCUCACCUCUCACAAAGCCAUCUAUAAAAGGCAAUUCUACGAAGCAAACAUUUUUCGCAAAGGGCACGUUCCAAGCUCCAUCCAUGAACCAUGCAAAAAAUUUCGAUUCACUUCAUUAUCCUCCGUCUCUAUCGAACCAGACUGGUUUUGUCAUACCUACAGAGAGGCCGCCUUGUUUUUUUGGUUCGGUUUGAACUCAAAUACAGACGAGGAGCCUCCUUUGCAUCUCGCUUCUCCUGUUGAUGCAGCCUGCAACAAAGUCCUCUUUUCUUUUCUUUUCCAAGUCAAGAAGCUAUCUCAUGAAUGAAAAAAUAUCCAGCUACCUCUUCUUGCUACUCUACUUCAUCUGCGCGUAUCAACCUCAACACUGCGACCCCAACCACCAAAUCACCAACUAUCACCAAACAUAUACAAAUUCACAAAUCACAAAUCACCACCGCCGCCAUGUGCGUCCACUUCCGGUCCUGGAACCGCUGCUCAUCCUGCUUCCUCACAUUCAACCGCCGCUGCAACCGCGUCCCCUGCUGGAACGGCUCCCUCUCCCGCUGGCGGAUCCACCGGCACGGAUUGUCCUGCCGCAGCGGCUGCUACGAGCGCGCAGACGACGAGGUCUACACGCACUUGCCCUGCGAAUCAUGCAACAUGGAGGCAGCGGCAAACUGUGCCGAAGGAGGCAAGGCGGAUGUGAUGGAGGCGCGGAACGCAGGGGUGUUGAGAGGGAUGAUGGGGAAUAGAGCUACGAUGAAGAGACGAGCGGAUAUUAAUGGUGUGUUUCUGAGAUUAUGGUCGUUUAGGGAGGUAUUGCGUGUACGUGGGAAUAGCAAAAGGGGAAAGAGACAUCUUCGCAUGAGGAUAAGGAUGCUGUAAAGUCCAACAUAGACCAAGCUUUUACAAUAAUAUCUAGACUUUUUCAACUCUCAUUCUCAUUCUUU